AUGGAGUUUCCGACUCCGGUGGCGGCGAAUCGCGCGAGCACGGCGGCGUCGGGCGCGCGCGGCCUCCCCUGCACGAAAGUGCCCAAGGUGGACUUCUGCUGCGCAAUCGGCUGCAAAACUUUCGCAAAAGAUCUUUUUUCCGAAAUAACUGCAGCAGCAAACAGCUGGUUGGGCUCUUCGGGGCUGACGGUGGCGCUGGGGGGCCACGACCCGCAGCGCGUGGGCGUUCCGCUGCUGGCGCGCUGCUGCAGUUCCAUUCGCAUAGAGCCGCUGGGCGCGCGCAGCAGCCCGCUGCUGCUGCCUGCUGCUGCUGCUGCUGCUGCUGCUGCUGGGGGCUGCAGCGGGCCGUUUGCUGCGGCCUUUGCGAGCAGCAGCAGCAGCAGCAGCAGCAGCUCGACGGAAGCGGCGCCGCUGCUGUUUCCCUACUGCCAGGCCCGCUUCGCCGUGCUGCCCUACCUGCUGCACGAGGGGCCCCUCCAGGGGCCCCUCCAGGGGCCCCUCCAGGGCCCCCAGGGGCCCCUCCAGGGGCCCCUCCAGGGGCCCCUCGAGGGGGGCCCCCUGGACUUGGGAAGUGAAGCAGAAAGUGGAAAAGUGCUGCAGCAGUGGCUGCUGCCGAACGCAGACUUUGAGGGCCUUUGGGCGAAUUUGCACUUCGAAAAAAAAACCAAAAAGACUCUUUUGAACUACGCCUUCACAGCUUUGCUGUUUGCCGACAGCAGCGUCGACUCCAGCCGCAUGCAGCAGCAAGGCCUGUUUUUGGUGCUGCUGAUUGACGAGGUCGAGGCGCUUGCUGCAGCGCGAGCAGCAGCAGCAGCAGCAGCAGCAGCAGCAGCAGCAGCAGCAGAACCUGCAGACGCAGCUCGCGCAGUCAAUGCCCUUCUCACUCAAAUCGACCUUUUCUGCAAAAGUCCAAACGGAAUUAUUCUCACCACUUCCAACUUGCCAGAAAGCUGCGAUCCGGCGUUUCUGGACCGCGCCGACCUCAAGCUGUACAUACCCCGCCCAAAUGCAAAUUGCAGAUUUGCAAUUCUGGAAAGCUGCGUUGAAGAACUGGCGAGUUAA